GUGCAAGUUGUCAAAGGCUCGGCUCGUUUAACAAGUCAGAUCACUCCGGCUUAGCAAGUCAUGGCGACCACAGCAUCUAAUCACUACAUUACGAGCAGCAACAUCCUCACCUCCAACUCCAUCGUGCACGCAGAGCCAGGGAGCAUGCAACAAGGGACAGCCUACAGGGAUGCACAGAAACUGGUCCAGAAUGAUUACAUGCAAAGCAAUGGACACCCUCUCAGCCACGCUCACCAAUGGUUAACGGCUCUCUCCCACGCCGAGGGCUCCCCCUGGUCGGCCGGCGUUCCGGCCAGCCCCCUCGGUCAGCAGGACAUCAAGCCCUCGGUGCAAUCCGGGAGGGACGAGCUGCAUAGCGGGGGCACCCUGCAUCACCGGCCCCCUCACAUGGUCCACCAGCACGGCAAUCACCACGGGGCGUGGGGCAACAGCACCUCCGCCCACCUGCCUAGCCUGGCUUCCAACGGCCAGAGCCUCAUCUACUCGCAGCCUGGCUUCACCGUCAACGGCAUGAUCAACCCUGCCAGCAGCCAGGCCAUGCACCACGGGCUGCGGGAGGCUCAUGAGGAGCACCACCGGGAGCACGUCCCGCACCACCAGCAGCACCCACCGCACCAUCACCACCACCAGCACCAGCACCAAGGCCACGAGCACUCGGACGAGGACACCCCCACCUCGGACGACUUGGAGCAGUUCGCCAAGCAGUUCAAGCAAAGGAGGAUCAAGCUCGGAUUUACCCAGGCCGAUGUGGGACUCGCUCUCGGGACGCUGUACGGCAAUGUCUUCUCGCAGACCACCAUCUGCAGGUUCGAGGCGCUGCAGCUCAGCUUCAAGAACAUGUGCAAACUCAAGCCCUUGUUGAACAAGUGGCUGGAGGAGGCUGACUCCUCGUCCGGAAGCCCCACCAGUAUAGACAAAAUCGCUGCCCAGGGCAGGAAGAGGAAAAAGCGGACCUCUAUCGAGGUGAGCGUCAAAGGGGCUUUGGAGAGCCAUUUUUUGAAGUGCCCCAAGCCCUCGGCCCAGGAGAUCAACUCUCUGGCGGACAGCCUGCAGCUGGAAAAGGAGGUGGUCAGGGUUUGGUUUUGUAACAGAAGACAGAAAGAGAAACGAAUGACUCCUCCCGGAGGAGCUCACCCCGGAGCCGAGGAUGUAUAUGGGGCCAGAGACACUCCGCCGUCACAUCAUGGGGUUCAGACUUCUGUACAGUGAAUGUCCACUUCUCUCACUUUUUGUUCCUUUUAUUUGUUCUUUUCUUAACGAACAGCUUAAAACACUGGACUAUCGUUACGAUAGCUCACGCUAAUGAUGUGUUUUGACCUAUACAGAAGGAGCUCGCAGGCAAAUGCAGUGAGUAUAUAAAUGAGAACAGAGGCACUGAUAUACAUACCUUUACAAAACUGUGGCAAACAGACGCAAAACUGCCUGGAUAGAAUGUGUCCUGAAAGGCUGCUAUCAUUGAUUAUGUAUAGAUCCACUGUGACAGGCGGGGCAAGGGGAUUUUUUUUGUAGGAAAGCAGAGGAGGAUUUGGCCAGGAGCUGUAGUUUUGUUUGAUGGAGGAAAAGGGGCGAAAGGAGAGUGGGGAAAAGAAAGGAAAUUCCAAUACAAUGCUGUCCGGACUAGCCAUCGUAGCAGUCUGUUUUAUUUUUGAAAUCUCAACCGAGUGGGAGAUAAUUCCCACUGAAUUGUAUGAGACGAAAGGCUGUGUGUGUGAACAGAAAUUAGACUGUGUCAAUCAGGUAGACAGGGGCUCACCUCGAACGACAUCAAACUGUCCAAGAUCUCAAGUUGGGAGCUGCAAAAUAGCAAACCGCGAUCAAUUCACACAAACAAACAAAAAGUAACUAAAUGAAUGAUAAAUCGAUAAACAUCAGAGGCUCUAAACUACGACGGAUCACCAAAUAAAAGUUUAAUCCCCAUGUUUAACAAAAACUAAUUCCGGUGGCCAAAAUGCAAUACAUUUUUGUACGACAGGACUCUUACAAAUCUGAUAGCUGGGACUUGAACGCCUCCGAAUUAGUACUGUACAAUAAUGAAUUAAACAAAAAAAAUCUCAUUCAAAAUGCUGUAGUUCCUGCCAAUUGUUUUCGGGAAAAAAUAUAUAUUGCAGUAUGAAACAUUGUACUUAUUAAAUGUGCGCCCACAAUCUAACAUUUUAAAAAAUCGGCAGUCGGAUGUAAUGAGACAAAACGCCCUGUAAAACAUGUCAAUAUAUUGCGCUUUCUUACAAAGAGCAUAUCCAAGCAUUCAAAAUUCUAGAAAAGAUGUGUACAUAUUUGAGAUAUUUUGAUGUGGUGAUAUGAUUGUAACUUAACCGCAGUUAUAGCGAUUCCUAAAGACAAUAAAAUUUAGUGAAGUGUUAGAAAAAAAACAUUUAAAAAUUCAAAAAAAAAGCACCGGGUCAGAUAGGUUGGUACAGAAAAAGAAAUAACCCUGAGACACAAACUAAAUUUGUGUCUGUUCGUUUAGGAACAUGAAGUUAAAAGUGGAGUACUUUGUUAGAACCUUUUCUUAUAGGUUUUCGAAGAGCGGUUACCAUGCACAUCUUAUACCACUAUGUAUAUAUGUUGCAUAUAUUUGUCUUUUGAACUGAAGAAGAACAAGCAUUAUCUGAAUGAUUUUUUUCCUUGUAUACAUUUUUCCAUACUGCUGCCCAGGGAAUUUUAAUAUCAUUUUCAAGUGGCCUGCCUCAAUGUAUUUAUUUCUUUAAAAGAAGUUCUGGAAACUGUUCUGUAGCUUUAAUUGAUUAGAUGUUCUAUGUGGGAUGUACAUUUUUUCCGUUAUGCUAUUUUUCCCCUUCUCUUGAAAAGAUUGUUUUUGGUACAUUUCAAUGUGUCUUGUGAAGAUAAAGAAACAACGCAGAGUCCCUUAUAUAUUUAUGUUAAAGUAAUAUUUUA